UUGGGCAAAGAAAGAGCAAGAAUCCGUCGACUCAAAAGAUCAGUGCCUCGUAUGCAAGCCGAGCCGCAUGGGGGCGAGAGAGAAGAGAGAGAGCGAGCAGAGAGAAGCCCUAGUUCUCCAAACUGAAGACGAAGACACAGUUCUGAAUCAAAAUAGAGAAAUCGCAGACGAGUUGGCCAAUUUUAUGAAUCGUCGUUGCCAUGGCUGAUAAAUCCACCGGCGCAGAGACCGAAGCGUGGGGGACAUGGGAGGAGCUCCUCCUAGCGUGCGCCGUGAAUCGGUACGGCACCAAUAGCUGGGACUCCGUCGCCAUUGAAAUGCAGAAACGAAGCUCCACGCUUCACCUCCUCACGCCUCUCAACUGUAAACGAAAGUACCACGACCUCAAGCGCCGUUUCAUGACCAUAGACCACCAAACCGACGACGUAUCCGAAGGACACGAUCAGACCCAAACUACCAUUCCCUGGCUCGACGAAUUGCGUAAGCUCCGAGUCGCCGAACUCAAACGCGAAGUCGAGCGUUACGAUCUAUCCAUUGUGUCUCUACAACUAAAAGUGAAGCGAUUGAAGGAAGAAAGGGAUCAGAGUUUGAGAGAGAAUGAGGACAAAUCAGAUCUGGAGAAAUGCAAGGAAGAUGGGGAGGACGAGGAGACGAAAGACGGAGAUGGAGAAUCGGACAGGUUGUUGCCAGGAUGCGUCGCCGGCGAAGCUGUUUCCGAGGAAGAACCCGACCGGGAUAACCAGUCAUCCAAUGAAUCGAACUCCACGGAUCCGAAAUGUGAUAAUCCAGUAUCCGUACUCAAACCGCCGGAGGAGAAGCAGAUCCCGGUGGUAACGUCCGCUGAAGAACCGGAUCCAACCGGGCAGUCCGGAAAACGAGCCGGCGAGGAUUCGUGUAACGGCAGCUCGGAGAGUAUGGCGAAGGAAUCGGCGACUCGUAACUCAGAGAAACGAGACUCGGAGAGAGGAUCGGGCGAGUCACCCGAGUUGUGGGAAUCGGUAGCUGAGUCGAAAGGAGGAGGGGAUGGUUUGAAGGAGAGUAGCAGCGAUGUGCAAAGCUCGGCGAGCUUGUCAAGGAAGACUGAUGAUCAUCAAGCUCCCGCCACCAAGCCGGUCUCCUUUGAGUCACAGCCGUUGAUCGAGGUCCUCCAGAUCAUCAAGUCUCACAGGCUCGGCUCCGUCUUCUCGCGCCGGCUUGAGAGCCAGGAAACGCAGGGUUACACAAGCUUAAUCCGGCAGCAUAUUGAUCUGGAGACAGUAAGAACAAGGCUGGAAGAAGGCUGGUACGCCGAUUGCACCGCCAAGUUCUUCCGCGAUUUGCUGCUUCUCUUCAGCAACGCCGUCGUCUUCUUCGGCCGCAGUUCAUCGGAAUCCGCCGCAGCUACUGAGCUCCGGCUACUCAUCUCCAUGGAGAUGGCUCGCAGAACCAAUCCCAAGUCAAAUUCGUCGCCGGAAGAACCCGCCGCCGUGGCACCUCCCGCGUCGUCGAACCCCCCCAAACCCGACCCGGAACCGUCGGAUCCGUUGCCUCCGAAGCCAAAAUUAUCGGGGCCCAUCAUUGUUUGCCGGAAACGCAGCUCCCUCGCCGCGAAAGAGAGAAGAAGAGAGCAGGUGGCAACAAUGGCAGCCGAGGAGAAACCCGCAGCUUCGGAGGAUUUGAAGCCGAAGGGCAAGAUUAAUAAAUCCUCCGGCUCCAACGAUCAGGAGUCGUCUGGAAUCACAAAGAAGAGAUUCACAUCUGCAAGAAACUCAAACAGAAGUAGCAAGAGUCGUACUAAUUCAACGGCAAACAAGAGUUCAAGCACCAAUUCAAAUGCAGGGCGGUCUUCCGGUGAUCAGAUCGGUUUGGAAACCAGAGCCGCCGCCGCCGCCGCCGCCACCACCUCAACGGCUAAUGCGAAGAGGCGAAGUGCGUCGAACUUCUCCAGUAGACUGAAUAAGCAGACCUCUGAGUCCAACAAUGGGUCGUUGCUGGAGACAUUGAAGGGUUUCGUCGGUGGGGGAUCUGAGCACAAGAGAAAUGGCGGGCAGAAGGGUAGCGAAGCAAAGAAGGAGGAGCGCAGGAGUUCGGGUGGGAAACAGGCAAAGGAGCAGCAGAGUAGCCCGGGUAAGAGAAUAGGGCGGCCGCCGAAGAGAGGCGCAGCGGCGCCUUCUCUGCCGCCGGUGGUUCCGGCCAAGCGGAGCAGGGAAGCGGGUGAGGCGGAGGCAAGCGGUUCGCGGCAGCCUAAGAAACGUUCCAGGAGAUGAAAGUGGUUUGUGGUGGUGGGUUUAGGCCUUGGGAGUAUCAGGUUUUAAGUUUAUGAUUGUAUAGCUUGGUUUGGGUUUUGGAAGGCAAUGGGGUAUGGGAUGGUGGUGGUUGAUUGGAGUGGCCGGCCGGCCAAUGGUAUUUGACUACGUUUGGUACAUAGUAGGAAUGGAAUGAAAUGAAGAAAAUUGAAUGAAACUUGUUACUUGAUUUGGUCA